GGUGCUGCCCGUUAACGGCCAAGGGGAGUCCCGGGGUCGACCCGCUCCUGGCCUCGGCCUCAACCUCGGCCCGUGUGCGAGCGCUCCUGUGACCCAGGGAACCGGCGGGCACUUGACGCUCUUGGCGCCCAGAGGGCGGCGCUGACACGGGUGCAAUUCAGGAGUCGAGGCAGGGCAGGGCGCUUUCGCCCUGGGGCGAGCCCGAGAGACGCCGGCCCUGGGACUGUAACCCGGUCCUUGUUCCGCUGGCUCUUCCCGGCCUCCCUAGAUUCUGCCCGCAUCCCCCGCCUGGGACUCACCUCUCCACCCCUGUCUGGAGCCUCAUCUUCCCUCGACUCCUCCCACCCCCUCCGGGCACCUCUCUCCCGCCCCGUACCUUCCCCCACCCCGAGGCCGGGCUGGACCGGACCCCGAGCCGCCACCGCCCGCUUCUGCCAUUCAAUGGAGGAAGGUCUGCUGGAGAUCAUGACCAAGGACGGCGGCGAUAUGCCGGCCCCUCUGGAGGUGUCCACCGUGCCCGCCGUGGGGGACGUGAUCUCCGGCGAGUACAACGGCGGCAUGAAGGAACUGAUGGAGCACCUGAAGGCCCAGCUGCAGGCCCUGUUUGAGGACGUGAGGGCCAUGCGGGGGGCCCUGGACGAGCAGGCCUCGCACAUCCAGGUGCUCUCGGACGACGUAUGCGCCAACCAGCGAGCCAUCGUCUCCAUGUGCCAGAUUAUGACCACCGCGCCCCGCCAGGGUGGCCUGGGCGUGGUCGGCAGCAAGGGGAGCUUCCCGGGCGCCCGCCGAGAUCCGGAGACCCCUUCGCCUGGGAUCGGGGACAGCGGUUUGCUGGGUCGCGAUCCAGAGGACGAGGAGGACGACGAUGAAGAAGAAAAGGAGAUGCCCAGCUCCGCCACACCCACUAGUCACUGUGAGCGCCCGGAGAGCCCCUGUGCUGGCCUCCUUGGGGGGGACGGGCCACUUGUGGAGCCCCUCGAUCUGCCCGACAUUACCCUGCUGCAGCUGGAGGGCGAGGCCUCUCUGUGAGGGGACUCCGAGGGGGCACUACUUUCCCCGGCUGACUUUGGGUUUCCGAGUGCAUGAGGAGACUGAACGGCGCGAUGCAGCGUGCUUCACUCCGACCGCUGCUCUUGUGGGUCAGGCAGAAGAGACUUCCUUGAGGAAGCAUUUAUAGGGUGAAGGACUUUGGGAGCAUCAAGAAUUCUUUCUGCCUCACCAAGUGAGAAGUAGCAAACUGCGGAAAGGUGAGGUUCCGGGAGAGGAAGCGCCCACCUCUGGACUCCCAUCCAAUCCCCUACCCUGCCCUUUCCCCCGCCCCAGCCAACAGGAGAACCCCUGACUUGUGUAAAUAAAAUUCUGCUUUUUCUAUUCUGAAAAAGGACUUAUCUAGGACUAUGGCAAAUAAUCUCUAACGAUUUACCUAGAAAUUAAGGAAUUGGGGGUAUUCUGUUCUGGCAACAGAAAAUUUACCCUUCUGAUGAAAUCCAAGCUAUUCAGCGUUCUGCAGAAGCCUCUCCCCCUCACAGACCUCUGCGGCUGCUGAUUGGUAAAAGAAGCUUGAGGAGGGAACUGCAGCCCUAGGAAUCUGGGUGAAUGGGGUUCCGAGGGCCCCUGGGCUGGGAGGAGCUGGCUCUGAAUGUGCAUGAAGACAUUAUAGCUCAACCUCUAGGAUUUUGCAUGCAGAGCGGAUCCUGCCUUGUCACUGACUUCAUCUGGGAUUGCUUUAUCCACUCACUGGGGCUUAGAGAACAAAGAGCCCAGUUCACAGGCAGAGACUUGGGGGGGGGGGUGCUCAGCAACAGCCCAGAUUUAGGGGACAUUUGAGGGACUCUUGGGGGCCGCAGCCAAAAACUGUCUCUCUCCUGGCUAUACCUGCUUAACUUCAGUUCCUUUUCCUGUCAAUACUUCCCUACCCGCUGACUCUCGGUGUUGCCUCCAUAAUGUCUUGUGUGCGUUAUGUGUGUUGACCUGUGUAGUAGUGUGUGAGCCCUGAGGGGCAGGGCUUGUGGCUCUGGUGUUAGGUUCAGGGGGCUUCAGACCUUCUGUGAGCCCCAGGCUCUCAUGACGCUUUCCCCUCUCCUCUUUCCCCCCACAACCAGGGCAUGAAGCAUGCGGCUGUCCUGAGGUUCCUGACUGAUAUGCCUCCCUCCCACCUCCUCAAGUGGUGACUUUGUGUGCCCUUCCUCUUCCUCCAUGUAUUCCUUCUCAAUGCUUUCCUUGGUGUUAACCUUAAUAAAGAGGCGUCAUCUCCCCUCCUUGCUGACUGGUACUAGGGCAAUGGCAGGGUGGGGCUUCUGGACCCACUGCAUGGACACAGGCUUAGUGAGAACUACAGGGACCAUGCCUCCCCUCUCUUCUUGCCUCUGGUUCCAAGGAGUUGACUGUCCCUGCCCUGACUGGGAUAUGCAUUGCCGUCUUUACCUGCUGUCA